UGACACACGACGGAGGGCACGGAGAGCGAGUGCAGCGACACGACACAGGCGAGAAGGCAAGCAGCAGCGCGGGUCGUGUCUCAAUCGCUGUGAGCCGAUCGACGCGCCGAAAGCAGCUGCGACGAGCCCUUUGGCAGGUGUUAUGCUGCAGCGGACACGCCUGUAGCGCCCGCACACCCUGAUCUCUCAUCGGCGGAGCUAGGACAGCUAGCUCGUUGGGCACCCUAUGGAGCCGUACCAUGAAAAGGGUGGUGACCAAGUCGCAUAGCACCGAGAGCAGCACGGCGGCCGCAGAACGACUCGCAGACUACAAGGGCGGCGACCCGGCGGCGGCGGCAACCACCACCACCAACUCGCUCACCUUUGCCUCGUUCAACAACCUUGCACUGGGCCCCAACAGCGACAUAGGGGGCUCCUCGGCCCACCCUCAGAGGGGCAGUCCCAGCUCAGGCUCGCCGGACAACACCGAGCCUCCAGGCCCAGCCCCCGGGGUCCUUCUCCCCAGUUUCGAAAUGCCUGAGGCGGCCGUCGUGGCUGAGCUCCAGCAGAGCUCGUCGCCUGUGGUCAACAAAGACCACCUUAAGGAAAAAAAGCUCUCCUCUGCUUCUUUGGGUGGCACUUCCGAAGGCACGCGACCAAAAGUUGUGACUGUGAAACACCCUGAGUCAAACAAACCAAAGCCAACUGUAAAGAAAAACAAACCCAUCCAGGCUGAUUUGGAUGUGGCCAAGGAGUUUAUCAAGUGCCGAGAAGAGGGCUCUAGGAGACUUGAUUUGAGCAAGUCAAGUAUAACUCAUCUUCCGAACAGCGUCCGCGAUCUCACUCACCUGACCGAGUUCUACCUGUAUGGAAACAAACUGUCGACACUGCCUUUGGAAAUCGGCUGUCUGGUAAACCUGCAAACGCUGGCCUUGAGUGAAAACUCUCUCACCUCCCUGCCCGAAACUCUGGUUAAUCUUAAGUUUCUCCGUGUGCUUGAUCUCAGACACAACAAACUAAGUGAGAUUCCUGAUGUCGUCUACAGUCUGACAUCCCUGACUACUCUAUUCCUACGCUUCAAUAGAGUCAAAUUUGUUGGUGAUGAAAUUCGGAAUUUAAAGCAUUUGACGAUGCUCAGUCUCCGUGAGAAUAAAAUCAAAGAAUUGCCAGCUGGCAUCGGGCGAUUGGUGAACCUUGUGACUUUUGAUGUGUCACACAACCAUCUGGAGCAUUUGCCCACUGAGAUCGGCAACUGCGUCCAAUUGCUGACACUUGAUCUCCAACACAACGAAUUGCUCGACAUUCCUGACUCGAUCGGAAACCUCAAAGCCCUUACCAGACUUGGUUUAAGGUACAACCGUCUCACCGCAAUUCCUAAGUCACUGAGCAACUGCACCAUGAUGGACGAGUUCAAUGUGGAGGGCAACGCCAUUUCCCACCUGCCAGAGGGCCUGCUGUCCAGCCUGAACAACCUGACCAGCAUCACCCUCUCGAGGAACUCGUUCAACUCCUACCCGGCAGGCGGGCCGGCUCAGUUCAUCAACGUGCAUUCUAUCAACCUUGAGCACAACACUAUAGACAAGAUCCCAUAUGCUAUUUUUUCAAGAGCAAAAAAUCUAGCCAAACUGAACAUGAAAGAGAAUCAGUUGACCGCUUUGCCAUUAGACAUUGGCACGUGGUUAAGCAUGGUUGAGCUCAAUUUAGGUACUAAUCAGUUAAGUAAGAUCCCUGACGAUAUACAAUGUCUUCAGAGCUUAGAAGUCCUCAUUUUAUCAAACAACUUGCUGAAGCGCAUUCCUUCAAGCAUUGGUAAUCUGCGGAAGUUGCGGGUUUUGGACUUGGAGGAGAACAAACUGGAAACCCUGCCUAACGAGAUUGGUUUCUUGCGCGAUCUGCAAAAACUAGUGGUUCAAUCAAAUCAACUGCAAAGCCUUCCACGUGCCAUUGGUCACCUGACAAAUCUGACUUACCUCAGUGUGGGCGAGAACUGCCUGGCUUUCCUGCCAGAAGAGAUUGGCACACUGGAAAACCUUGAGUCUCUCUACAUAAACGACAACCCCAACCUGCACAACCUGCCUUUUGAGCUGGCUUUGUGCACAAACCUGCAGAUCAUGAGCAUCGAGAAUUGCCCUCUCACUCAAAUUCCGACUGAGAUUGUGGCUGGCGGCCCCUCACUUGUUAUACAGUUUCUGAAGAUGCAGGGACCAUAUCGUUCGAUGUAAGCUUGUGCUUGGUGCCACCUGCGGUGCUCGGCGCAAUCGGCUGGUUGGCUGGUGGCCACUGCGAGUCAAUACUAACAAGAGCCGCCUCGGCCGACCAUCGAUGGCUGGCUGAGGUGCAGCUUUGGUCAGCUAGUUGGCUUUUGUUCCAAACUCUACAGUAGUAGCUUUAAGAAUGCGUCAUGUUGGUGAUAUGAUGUACAUAAUUGAAAUUAUUCAGUAUUCCGUGUGCUAAAGCAGCGAUUCCUUUGUUCACUUGAUUCGCAAUUUGUUUCUUUGGCUUCAAGACAUAGUUGGAAUUGAUGCCCUCGUUACUGCAGAAAAGCCGGUAUUUUUCUGGAGUAAGUUAGCUUCCCAGAUUUUUCAAUCCACUAGUUCUACACGAAACAGAUACAAAAUCUUUCUUUACUCUUUACUAUUCAAUUAUUCUUUGAACAAAAUCUAGAAUCUUCGCGAAAAUCUUUUAAGACUAGACUGGAAAAAUUAAGAUUUCUGCACACUGUCAGUGUGGCCGGGUUUGUUGUGAGCCCCAACUGCGUCUGAUUUUGGCUGAAAUGAGGAUUUUAGUUGCGUAAAGACAAGAAUUCACCUCUUCACCAAAUGUUACAUGAAUAUUUAAAAAGAGUCCUGAGUGUAAUACGGAAAACGAGGUUUAGGUCCAAGAAAUUGUGAGAUUUUGCUGCUGCUAAGGGGAAACACUGAAACACGUUCAUUGUUGAUGCCACAUUUUAAAUAUAAAGAAAGGACUAUGACUUCUUAGUUCCGCGAUUGUGUGAUACAGAGAAAUCUUUGGCCGACGACAGGAAGUAAGAGAAAAAUUACUGCAGCUUAAAGUAUUCAAAAGUUUGCGCAGAGGGGAAAAGAAGAAAUAAAUGUGCUGUGUCAUGAUACAUAAUAUGAUUAUGCGAAAAUAUUGAGAGAAAAAAUGAAUCAUGUAUAACGUAGUCCAUUAUACUAUCAUGGAAAUGUGCAUGGCCUGAUACACGUCAUUAAUAGUUUAUGAAUAAUUCAGCUUUCCUUGUGAUUCAUCGAUGCAUUUAAGCCUAAAUUUUAUUUCCACGCUCUUGUGAUCUGUAUUUGAUUUUAUUGAUCCACAAAAGACUUUAUCUUUACAUGUACAUUAGGAGAGACAUUCAUUUUUCUGAGUUUAUUCCUAAAGCGUAUAUUGUAUACACAUUAUAUUAUCGUUCUAGAGGCAUCUUUUUUGUGCUGAGCUUUGUUGUGAUCAUUUCAAUUGUGGUGGCCAGUGUAAAUGGAGACAUUGAAUCAGUAGAGGUCAUAUUAAAACUAAACUUCAAACACAGAUAUGGCCUAAAAGUCAAAGUAAAAAAUAUAGUGCAUGGGAUUUAAAAUGACGACACUGAAAACAUCAACGCAGUGAUCUUUCUUGUGAAUAAGCAUACGUGGCAAAGAUGUAAUAUGAAAAAUGCACAAAAAUACAAGUACAAUACUACGAGAAUUAUAAAAUUAUGUGUGGUGUUAAAUACAACAAUAGUUAAUGAUGAAAAUUAUGCGACGCAAAACGAAAAGUGUGUUUACUAUUAUCCUCUUCUAAAUUUGUGCUCAAUUCAUGCGCAUCAAAUUGUCAAGGUUGACAGUAUUAUCUCUCGCGGUUUAUUAUUCAAGUAAGCGACAAAAAUGUCUUCACUAAUACUCAAUUGACCCCUUUGUGAAAAUAAUGUUGAAAGUAACUAAAUACAGGUGUGCGCUCUGUAUUGCCAUUAAUGCGGGUAUAAUAUAUUAAAGGUUGAACAAAAUCUUUUUAAUUGGCACAAAAAAAUUGUCACGGACACAGAAAAUAUUUUGUAAUCGAUGCCAAGGAUGAAAACCAUCUCAUUGCUUGAGAAAAUGAACUAAUGCAUAUUAUUAGCACUAAAUACCUUUGAAAAUUCCCAUUUGCCAACAAACUUGUCUGAGAGUUGAGUUUCUUUCAAAGGUGCUUUUACAUGUUGUAUCCUCUCUAACACGGCUCAAGGAAAUGCGAAUCCGACCCGAAGUUUGUUCUCUCGCUCUCUCUCACUCUAUCUAUCUCACUAAAAAUGGUAUUUUCUACGGAUGGCCGAACUUGAUCUGCGAUCGAGGAGCGAAUGGAAAUGAUUAUUUGCUCUGAUCUCUGCGCAUUAAUGGGUGUUACGUGUCCAUGAUCAAUUCUUUCGCAGCGCCUUUUGUCUUGGAAGGUGCACACUUGAGCAAGAAAACAAGCUAUUAUCCAAAAAUCGGUUCUGCUGACGUGCGAAUUGAACUGUGUGAGGAACGCGAGCGUCGGUUGGUUCAAACAGAAUUCGUAAAAAAAAAUCGACGCAAUUCGUUUUGGACUGUUUGGCAUUCUGUUGAGUCAUACACAUUAUAUGUUGGGGGUUGGUUGUGAGUGAAAAUUUGUUUUGUAUGUGUGACGAUCGAGAUGUGAACAUUUGUUGUUGUGUAUAAAUAAAACUAUCAUGGACUCCCA